CCCUUGAGGAUAUGGCAUCACUGCUCUAUGGCACCCCUUUAUGGGUACACGUGAUCCGUGACUCCUGCGUCUCACUCGUUCGAGUUUUACGGAAAGCUUAAUUCAAAACCAUCUCGUUUCUCAUCGGUCUUGUCCUUUUCAUCGUUUCUCAGUGGAAGAAAAAAAAUGGCUCUGUUUGGCUUCCAACUGGUGACCACCAUGAUUAUGGCCAGCAUUCUACAGAAGAUCAUGCCACAGUAUUCAUUUGCCAAGUGGCUUCUUUGCAACACUGGACUGAUAAGGUAUUUGCAUCCAACGGAUGAGGAACUGCUGUCUCUGGUGAGAGUUCCCAAGGCAAAAGGGAAGGGUCAUCAGAAAAAUGGAACGUCAGACACCUUUAUGGUUCCUCGCAGUAUUGACAUCCAGCUGGAUGCCGUGAAAGUACAGCCAUAUGAUGUUGUUCAUCUACGCUUUUAUAUGGAUUAUCAGUGGCUGGUGGACUUUGGACUCUUCACUCUCCUUGUCUACCUCAUCACAGAGAUCUAUACUUCCUGGCAAGUCUCCACCCAUGAAAUGAAUCUCAGCCUAGUCUGGUGCUUCCUUGUCAUUGGCUUCUCUUUGAAAGUGCUGUUUUCCCUCACAGCCCUAUACUUUCGUGGGGAAGAAGCAAUGGGUGAAAGGUCCCUUUGUAUUGUUGCUGCUUCUACAUACUUAGUUGUGGCAAUGGCUGUCCUCAUAGUCGAUGAGUCUUCUCUUGAACUUGGUGUUGAAGAUGCAUACUCAGCUUUUAGUGCAAAUGCUUCCUCCUUUCUUGCCCAUCAUGCAUCAAAACUAUUCCUCAAGUUCAUCCUGGCCCUGAUUGGGGCGGCACUGGGAGGGUUUCUUACAUUCCCAGGCUUGCGACUGGCACGUAUGCACUGGGAUGCACUUCGCUUCACCACUGAGAGGCGCCUUCUUCAGCUCCUCCUUCAUAUCUCUUUCAUUUCACCUUUUGGUGUAGUGAUUGCAUGGGUUAGACCUUUGUCAAGAGAUUAUUUCACCACUCGUAUCUGGCCUGGACUUGAUGAACCACUACUGUCAAAAGAUGGCUUUGAAAGCCUGAGGCUGUGGUUGAUCUUGGGUGUAGGAGUAGUGAGAUUGCUUCUCCUCCCCUUCUACCUCCAAGCAUACCUGAAUCUUGCACAUGAGAGAAUGGAACUGCAGAAGAAGGAAGCAGGCAAGAUAUCCAAUCGAGAUCUCCAGCGAAGUGUGGCUCGGGUGUUUUACUACCUGUGUGUGGUGACUCUACAGUAUCUAGCACCACUCUUCCUUCUCAUCUAUCAAGGGCUCCUACUCAAGAGUGCAGGAGGAUACAGCUGGUGGAGCAGGAAUGAAUGCCCAGCAGACUUUGAACCAAGUCCAGAAAAACUGGAACCGACUCUGUCUUCUGAGAUGACUGUUACGCUCUCUUCUCUUCGACAGGUGUUUUCUGAGGAAGUGGCAAGAGGAGUCCUGACAUUCACAACAUGGUGGACUGCUUUUUCUUGGUUCUCCAGUUCAGCCCUGGGAAUCUUCUACUACUCCUAUUUCUCAAAGACUUAAAAUGCCAAAAUACUCUCUAGUCCAAGUUCUGGUUUUUGUUUCCUUGUUUACCUCGCCCUUGUUUCAGCAGCUGAAGUUUGUGAUCUGCUCUGACCCUCACUUGAUUGUGUUUUUUAAUUUAUUGAUCAGGUGCUUCAGAAAAAUACCACCAUUGUGUUCUCCAGUGA